AUGCCUUCUUAUGCAAAAUUUCUAAAGGAGCUCCUCUCUAAGAAAAGGAAGUACAUUGAAGAGGAAACAAUUGAGGUCCAGGGAAACUGUAGUGCCAUCAUACAAAAGUUAUUGCCUCCCAAGUUGAAAGAUCCAGGAAGUUUCACCAUUCCCUGCACUAUAGGGAAUAUCUCUGUUGGAAAAACAUUAAUUGAUUUAGGGGCCAAUAUCUAUCUCAUGCCACUCUUCAUGUUUGAGAAAAUUGAAUGCUUGGAACUUAAGCCCACUCGAAUGACUGUACAACUAGCAGAUAGAUCUCUAGAAUGUCCUUAUGGGGUAGCUGAAGACGUGUUGGUAAAAGUAGACAAGUUCCUAUUUCUUGUAGACUUUGUUAUCAUGGAGAUGGAAGAAGAUGAGAAUGUCCCUCUUAUUCUUGGGAGACCUUUUAUGAAGACUACAAGAGUUUUAAUUGAUGUGGAAAAUGGCAAGCUGAAGGUAAGAGUACAAGAUGAAGAAGUAAAUUUUGAUAUUUUUCAAGCCAUGUCUCACUCAAAGGAUGAUAAGGGUUAUUUCCAUCUUGACACUCUUGACAAACUAUGCAUGAUUCAAGAAAAAGAGGUAUGUGAUGCUCUUCCUCUGGAAGAAGCCCUUGAUGACAAUUUGACCAAGGAAGGCUUGGAUAAUUUUGAAGAAUUAAAAGAGGGUCCCUUGUUGAAACAGAGGAAAAAGUCAAGGAAAGGAAACUAG